UUCAUUUUCAGUAUCCUUUUUCCUGACAGGAGGCGUAGACUAGAAAUGGCUGAGGCGGGCGCCAACAUAGGCGUGAAUAUUCCGCCAUUUCUGAACUCUGCAUCGCGUAGUUCCUUACCCUCCAGAACUCUGAAACCAGAAUCGACAUUAACAACGAAAUCCAAUUCAUGGAGAACGAAGGCGUUGCAGCUAAGUGCCUUUCCGGUAGCAUCUCAUUCUACCUUUAAACAAACAGAUGGCGGGACGUUGCAGCCAAUAAUUGAAGCGGAUAAUCCAAGAAAGGGAAGGGUCUUUUUCCUGGACGUAAAUCCAUUAUGCUACGAAGGUAGCAGACCUAGUUUGCACAAUUUUGGUCGCUGGGCUUCCAUAUUCUUCGAGCAAGUUAGCCACAGUGAUCCUGUUAUUGCUGUUUUUGAUGGGGAAGGAGGUAGUGAGCAUCGCAGGCUGUUAUUACCCUCAUAUAAAGCACAUCGGAUCAAAUUCACGAGACAAUCAUCUUCACAAAGAUAUACUAAGGGAAAUUCUAGAAGGCCAUAUCAAGUAAUAAGGGAUGCUCUCAGAAACUGUAAUGUGCCAGUUGUAAAGGUUGACGGUCAUGAAGCAGAUGAUGUUGUAGCUACACUUGUGGACCAAGUUUUACAAAGAGGGUUUCGGGUGGUUAUAGCCUCUCCUGAUAAAGAUUUCAAGCAGUUGAUUUCAGAAGAUGUCCAACUCGUGAUGCCUUUGCCAGAGCUCAACAGAUGGUCCUUUUACACCUUAAGGCACUACCUAGCUCAGUAUAACUGCGAUCCAUGCUCUGACUUGAGUCUGAGAUGUAUUAUGGGUGAUGAGGUAGAUGGCGUUCCGGGAAUCCAGCAUGUUGCUCCUGGAUUUGGUCGAAAAACUGCAAUGAAGCUCUUGAAGAAACAUGGUUCUUUGGAGAAUCUACUCAGUGCUGCUGCAAUAAGAACUGUGGGCAGACCGUAUGCACAAGAUGCACUUACAAAGUAUGCCGAUUACCUGCGUACGAAUUAUAAAGUUCUAGCCCUGAGAAGAGAUGUUGAUGUUCAAUUUCAAGAGGAGUGGUUGGUUGAAAGAGACAGACAAAACGAUUCGGCUAUUUUAUCCAAGUUUGUAGAAAACAAUGACAGAAACUCACUUGUUCAACCAUCAAAACGGGUCUGAAUCGCCCUUUGGUUUAGUACAUACAGGUAAACACAGAUUUGAAGCUUGGAAAUAUGCAUACUGAUACCACCGUACUGUUAGUUUGCUGAGGUGAAAAAUGUAGUAUUCCUUUUCUCCUCAUAUACUGUGGAAUCAAGCUAAUCUAUGUAGUAUGUAUGUGCAAUAGAACAGGGGCUCUACUAGUACACUGUUUCCACUCUUAAGCAAAUAUUUGUGCCAUUCAUUUUUGCAGGCAGCAUCAUCUGCUGUGUGAGUUGAAAAAA